GGGGCGCCUCGCGGCUUCUCCCCUCAGGCGUGGGCGGAGGCGGCGCGCGGGUGAAGCCCCCCGGCCUCCCCCAUGGUGGGGUUCGGGGCCAACAGGAGGGGCGGCCGACUCCCGUCCUUCGUCUUCGUGGCGCUGCUGGUGCUGAUCGCCAUCCUCGCCGUCAACUACUGGGGCGCCGCGUCCCGCCAGGCCCUGCUGCAGGAGGAGCUGGCCGGGCUGCAGGGCCAGGCCAAGCGCGGCGAGGUGGCCCGCGGGCGGCUGGAGAAGAGGAACUCGGACCUCAUGGGCCGGGUGGACUCCCAGCAGAAGCAGCUGGAGCAGAAGGAGGCGGACUACAGACACCUGAGCAGCCAGCUGCAAGCCAAGGAGAGCCAGGCCACCAAGUGCGAGGACAGCAAGAUCAAACUUCAGAACAACAUAUCAUAUCAGAUGGCAGACAUACAUCGUUUAAAAGAACAACUAGCAGAAUUACGCCAGGAGUUCAUUCGUCAAGAGGACCAGCUUCAUGAGUACAAGAAGAACAAUACUCGCCUUGUGAAGAGGCUGGAAUAUGAGAGUUUGCAGUGUGGACAACAAAUCAGAGACAUGAGACUGCAACAUGAAGAAAAUAUAAAGAAGUUAGUGGACCAAGUUGUACAAGAACAAAAGGAUGCGCAGAGAAUCCAGCCAAGACAAGACAUUGAACGGGGUUUGAAUGAUGAUCCAGCAACAGCCAAGACUGUUCAAGAGACAGAUGAGAAAAAUGUAGUAAAGAACGAAGAACCCUCAAGCAAUCACAUUGCUAAUGGCAAAGAGAAAAUCAAAUCAGGAGGUGAUGCAGGCAUGCCUGGAAUAGAAGAGAAUGAUCCUGCUAAAGCUGAAGAUACUCCUGCUGCUUUAAAGAAGCCUCUUAUUUCAACUUCUCAAAGUGAAGGUCAUCAACCCAAUAUGAAUCUUCCAACUAAACAGCCCCAUUUUCCAAAUAUGGUUCCAGAUUUAAAUGCUGACAAUGAAGGAAAUGUUAAUAUUGUGAAGCAGAUACCUCCAAAUCCUCCUCAGCUCUUGAUUCCUGAACAAAACUUGGAAAGUAAAAAAGAACACAAAAUUGAAACUGAACUUGGAAAACAAGCUCCAAAGGAUAGAGCUGGUGACUUCCAGAAGAUGAAGCAAAGCCGAUUCUUUGAUGAGAAUGAAUCCCCUGUUGAUCCGCAGCAUGGCUCUAAAUUGGCGGAUUAUAAUGGGGAUGAUGGUAACGUGGGUGAGUAUGAGGCAGACAAACAGGCUGAACUGGCUUACAAUGAAGAAGAGGAUGGUGAUGGUGGAGAAGAAGACGUCCAAGAUGAUGACGAGAAAGAACUUCAAAUGGACCUUGGAGACUAUGGAAAGUCACGCUUCAAUGAUGUGCUUUAAAGCCAGAAUUAAUAUCUAAAAGAAUUUGCAACAGAACUGAAGUGCCGCAAAACUGAACCAUUUUUGUUUCAGUAUUCCUUAAGAUCAAAAUAAAGAAACAAUAAUAGGUUACUGAAAAUCAAUUUACUUACUGUUAGUUAAGUAAUGGAAGGAGACAUAAAAUGCUGUGUGUGUGUGUGUGUGUGUGUGUGUAUAUAUGUACAUAGUUGUACUAUUGCAAAUUGUAUUAUCAAAAUGACAUUUCUGUUCUGUUAUAGUGAGCCAAUUCAAUUUAAAGACUGUACCUUACCUGUAAUCUUUGCAUUUAAAACAAACUAAUAUAUUACCAAUUUAGGCUGAAUUGUUUCUGCAAAUUAGGAAAUCCUUGUAAACUGGAGAACUUGUACAGUUUGUAUCUUACAUAUGGAACAAAUAUACUGUGGAAACAAUUGGACAGCCGAAGGACUCCUUUUAUACAGAAAUAUAUUAUCUGUAUGGAUGAAAAUACCCCUUUGUUUUCCAUAGGUGCUGUAUUUUGCAGGUAAGCUUUCAGUUGAGACAACUGAGUGAAAAUGUGUAAAAAUAUUUAUGGGUUGCACCUUCCUUAAUAAAUUAAGGACAGAGAUAGGUGACUGAAACAUUCUACAGCAGCUUUCCAGAAAUUGGAGCCAUUUAAUCUUAGCACACAGUGACCAAAGUUUAUAUCCAUAGUUGGAAAUCAGUGAUAUUAAAGUAAUAGGAACUUGAUCCAUGCUGGAAGAGGUAUGGCUAGCUGAUUUCACCAGUUAAACUAAAAACUGAAUCAGUAUUUUAAAACUUCCCUUAACAAAGCUGUAGGAAACGUACUUGCUAACACCUUUAAAAGUUACAACUGUUUCUUAAAUUAGAAGUAGUCUACAACAAUUCUGUAUAAAUAGUUCACAUAGAGAAAACUAAAGGAAAGUAUGUGCAGUCUUUGCAAUCAGUAAAUAUAAUCCUAUGAACCCUCUAAUUUCAUGAACAGCUCAAGUCUGUCAUUUUAAUUUAAAGUUUAAUACUCUGAUACAGAUCUCUUCAAACAUUUUCCAUCUGCACUGUUGCUUUUCUAUUUUAGAAGAGUUUGUGAGGUAGAUACUUCUUUGUAUUCUGGGUUUAAAUACCUUCUGAGUUCUACAGAAAUGGUUUUGUUUAUUUACAGUAAGUUCAAAUUUAAGGUUAUUAACGCUACCUGCUUCUCAAAAAGGGCUACUGUGAAUAGAAUUUAUGGGGCCUAUGACAGAGGUGAUUGUACUUCGCCAUCUCUGUACUCAGGUUCAAAUUUAAAAUAGCAUCAUAUUACAUUUAAGAUUCGUUGUGGUGAUUAAGUGAAAAUUUUGAAUAAAUUUUAAAAGGUCGUCAGUUUUUUUUUUUGACUUCAGUAACAAGUCUUAAAUAUACAAUAAUUUCACGAAAAUAAAUCUUUGGAAAAUUCUGCUUAAGCAUCUUUUUUUUUUUUUUUUUUUUUUUUUUUAAAGACUUGAGCUUGUAUACUUAAGCCAGGACUAUUCAUUACAUACUUAAAAAAAAAAAAAUUGCAUGGUGUGAGAAUAUAUUUUCAACAUGAAAAUAAAAAGCAAAAAGCCGAACCUGCUCAGUGAGAUGCCAUAAUAAUACUCCAAUACUAUACAGAUCUCAAAAUUUUAAAACUAGCAGUCUUCAGUAGAUACUGUACAUGUACACUGCAAGAUUUUACUUAAGAUACUUUCAAAAUGUAACUUUUGUCCUGAAUGAGGUGUUCAAGGUUCAGUUACUGAAACAGUUUAUUGGGUUCUAAUAAAUUAAGUUUUCACUUUCUCA